AUUUUUACACAAAGCGUUUAGUUAUAUUUGAGCUCUGGGAACCUCUUAGAAUAAAGAAAACUUGGGUGCAUACUUUAAAAUCUUUUUCAAGACAUCCUAAUGAAUAGUUGAAUACAGGCUAGGAAGAAUGACAGCUGAAUGCACAGAUGAAUUUGCUGGUUCAUCUGUUCAGCUGGAUAAUCCACAAAAUCAUUCCUAUCUUUGCUGUCGCUAAAUCAGGGGCGUGAGAGGGAAAAGGGGUGUGCGGGAAGGAGGGGGGAGUUCAGUGUAAUUUUUUGUUAGAUAUACAAUUACAAUAAAGGGGGGAUAAUUAAAAUAAUAAUUGCCCCCCCCCCACACUUUUGGUUAACUCCUGUGUAUGCUAUCCUAUCUGUAAAGACUUCAAUGAUUAAGGUGUAAAGUUGAACUAUAUAUAAGGUGCUAAUUAGGCCAAAAGUUCACAGUGAGCUGACAUAGAUCAAUAGCUCAACAACAGCACAGUGAGCUGGUAUUGAUCUACUGAACAACAACAAUAAUCACCAUUAUGCAGCUUAAAAGCAGGCUCGGAUUGGCUUUGCUGGCCUUAGGAGGCCUUGCGAGGUCAGAAGAUGAAUAUGCCGAGGCCGAGGUAGCAGAAGUUGAAACAUACAGCAGUGGUUAUGGCGGAGGUCAUGGUGGGGGAGGACAUGGAGGCUACGGAGGUGGGGGACACGGUGGAGGCUAUGGAGGCGGUGGUCAUGGAGGAGGGUAUGGAGGUGGAGGCCAUGGCGGCGGAGGAUACGGAGGAGGAGGUUACGGAGGUGGUGGUCAUGGCGGUGGAGGAUAUGGGGGAGGAGGUUAUGGAGGCGGUGGUCAUGGUGGCGGAGGCUAUGGCGGUGGAGGUCAUGGCGGCGGAGGCUACGGAGGCCAUGGGGGCGGAGGUUAUGGAGGCUAUGGUGGUGGAGGUCACGGAGGCGGAGGAUACGGAGGUGGCGGUUAUGGAGGCUAUGGUGGCGGAGGCCAUGGUGGAGGCGGAUAUGGCGGUGGAGGUUAUGGAGACAGUGGCUACGGAGGCGGAUAUGGAGGAGGAGGUGGCUAUGGCGGAUACGGAAGUGACGGCUAUCAUUGAAAAAGAAAUGGUCUUCAGUCCGGCAAAGCAUUUGGAUAAAAACGAAUUUUGUUUAUCUUAUCUUUCUAACUUAUUUAUUUAUUUAUUAAAAAUUAGAAAUAAAUUUGUUUUCCUCUUUUA